UGUUUUGAGAAUAAUUUUUCACUAGACAAAGUAGCUGGCCGGUAGUGAGUUAAGUAAGUGCCUCAGUUUAGUCAGUCAUCUGCCUCAAAUUUGUAGAGCUUCAGUUUAUCCCAUUAUGGGAAACUGUUUAAAAAGCUCCGGGCAAGACGAUAUAUCUCUUUUACACGAUGAAGAAAGCGCAGACUCCCCAACAACAGGCGAACCACCACCGCCAUAUCAGGAGGAAGCGCCAAUCUUUAUACAAAGUCAACAUGCUCCUCAUCUCCUAUCUGAAGAACAGCAGAUUCGUUUGGCUCAGCGUUUAGGCUUGAUUCAACAUCUUCCAGUCGGAAAAUACGAUGGAUCGAAAGGAAAAAAGAGAGAGUGUGUUAUUUGCAUGACAGACUUUGCUAUGGGGGAUCCAAUACGGUUUCUUCCUUGUAUGCACAUAUAUCACAAAGACUGUAUAGAGGAUUGGCUGGUGAGAUCAUUCACCUGUCCUUCAUGUAUGGAACCUGUAGAAGCAGCUUUAUUGUCAACAUACUAUGAAGCAUCAACAGAAUAACAACAAUGUAAUUAUGUCUUUGAAGAGACAAAUGAUAGACAUUUUUUCUAAUGCCUCUUUUUACAAAAACAUUGGGCUGAUGGAACAAAUGGAACCAUGUUCCUGUAAAUCAAUCUGGUGUUUUCCAGAGGAUUCAAGAAAGUAAUUCCUUUUCAGAUAGUAGCUUACUAAGGUGCUAUUUAGUAUUAUUUUGAAGGUUUAAAAGGUAACACUAUUUCAUGUUCAAAGAGACAUGACCCUAUACAAUAUUUCUGCUGUUUCUUUUUGUUUGUAUGUUUUUAAUUUGGAGUUAUUAGAAUUUCCUUCCCAUACUUGCUGUUUUAAAAAAUUCAUGUUCUUUUUUCUUUACACAUGGGUAA